CCCGAACAGUAUUCUAGGGCAUGUUUCAAAAACCUUCGAUUUCAACAAUUCCAUUCGCUCCUUUGCUUCAUUGAACAAACCAAUGUUGAAGCUCAUCACUUCCUCCUCCUCCCGCAUCCACCACCAUCGCUUCCCCUCUGCCGCGGCGGUCACGGCGCUCCGGCCCGUCGCUGAGUCCAGCUCCCCGCUGCUCCGAGUGCUCAAUUCACUUGGCGGGUUGGGCCGGAGGAAUGGUAACUCGGUUGGGCGCUUAUUUUUCUGUUCUGGUUCGGGUUCUGGCGACGGGUCGGAUAAGGCGGUUGACGCGGAAGUGAAGUCGACUGAGUCCGGUGCCCCCGACGAGGCGCAGGCGAAGGCUUCUUCGGCUAUAGUGUCCACUUACCCCAGACCUGAAGAUUACCUCACUGUUUUGGCAUUGCCAUUGCCACAUCGGCCACUUUUCCCAGGAUUUUAUAUGCCAAUCUAUGUUAAGGAUCCAAAAUUGUUAGCAGCUUUACAGGAAAGUCGAGAAAGACAAGCCCCUUAUGCUGGUGCUUUCCUUCUUAAGGAUGAUCCAGGGGCUGAUCCAAGCAUAGUAUCUGGCUCUGAAACGGAAAAAAGUGUGUACGAUUUAAAAGGAAAAGAGCUGUUUAAUCGUCUUCAUGAAGUUGGGACUCUAGCUCAAAUUUCGAGCAUCCAUGGGGAACAGGUGAUUCUGAUUGGUCAUCGGCGUCUACGUAUAACAGAGAUGGUUAGUGAGGAUCCACUUACUGUAAAAGUUGAUCAUCUCAAGGAUAAGCCAUAUAAUAAAGAUGAUGAUCUUAUAAAGGCCACAUCUUUUGAGGUUAUAUCAACCCUAAGGGAUGUUCUUAAAACAAGUUCCCUUUGGAGAGACCACGUCCAGACUUACACUAAGCAUAUAGGUGAUUUCACUUAUCCGAAGCUAGCAGAUUUUGGAGCUGCAAUAUCCGGGGCAAACAAAUUGCAAUGUCAAGAAGUUCUUGAAGAGUUAGAUGUGUAUAAACGAUUAAAACUCACACUGGAGUUGGUAAAGAAAGAGAUGGAAAUCAGUAAGAUUCAGGAAUCAAUUGCAAAAGCAAUUGAAGAAAAGAUAAGUGGUGAGCAGCGCCGUUACUUGUUAAAUGAGCAACUUAAGGCCAUAAAGAAGGAAUUGGGUCUGGAGACUGAUGAUAAGACAGCUCUCACUAGUAAAUUCAGGGAAAGGAUUGAACCAAAGAGAGAAAAAUGCCCCCCUCAUGUUUUGCAAGUCAUAGACGAAGAACUCACAAAGCUGCAACUGUUGGAGGCUAGUUCUAGUGAAUUCAGUGUUACCCGUAACUACUUGGACUGGUUGACUGCACUACCUUGGGGCGAAUACAGUGAUGAGAACUUCGAUGUUACUCGGGCACAAGGGAUUCUGGAUGAAGAUCAUUAUGGAUUAACUGAUGUGAAGGAAAGGAUAUUGGAAUUCAUAGCUGUUGGGAAACUAAGAGGGACUUCUCAAGGAAAAAUAAUCUGUCUUUCUGGUCCACCUGGAGUGGGCAAAACAAGUAUUGGCCGUUCAAUUGCACGUGCCUUGAACCGUAAGUUCUUCCGUUUCUCUGUAGGAGGAUUAGCUGAUGUAGCUGAAAUAAAGGGUCAUCGUAGAACCUAUAUUGGUGCUAUGCCAGGAAAGAUGGUACAAUGCCUUAAGAAUGUGGGGACAGCCAACCCUCUUGUUUUGAUUGACGAGAUUGACAAAUUGGGCAGAGGACAUGCUGGUGAUCCAGCAAGUGCCUUGCUAGAGCUCUUGGAUCCGGAGCAGAAUGCUAAUUUUCUGGACCAUUAUCUUGAUGUUCCCAUUGAUUUAUCAAAGGUUCUCUUUGUUUGCACUGCAAAUGUAGUGGAAAUGAUACCAAACCCUCUGUUGGAUAGGAUGGAGGUUGUUGCUAUUGCUGGAUACAUCACUGACGAGAAAAUGCACAUCGCCAGAGAUUAUCUGGAGAAGAGUACACGAGAAGCAUGUGGAAUCAAGCCAGAACAAGUGGAAGUGACCGAUGCUGCUCUUCUUUCCUUGAUAGAAAAUUACUGCCGAGAAGCAGGUGUCAGGAAUCUCCAAAAGCACAUAGAGAAAAUAUAUCGAAAGAUAGCACUACAACUAGUGAGGAAAGGGGAGACAAAAGCCACUGUUGCUAGUGUGCAAUCUGUUGAGGCUAAAAGAGUUGAAGAAGAUAAUGUUGAAUCACAUCCAGAUCCCAAUCAGAAGGAAAGCUCCAUGGUAGCAGAUAGUAGUAACCCUGAACAAAUGAGUGAGCCUUACAAUGAAGUUGACAAGGAGCAAACAGAUCUACCAGUUGAUCAAUCUGAAUCUCCUGAAAACCAAUUGACAGAUGUGAAGGAAGGAAGUGAUGAAGAUAAGGAAAUUGAAACUACGACAAUUGAGAAAGUGUUGGUUGAUAAAUCAAAUAUAGCUGACUAUGUUGGCAAGCCUGUCUUCCAUGCUGAACGCAUCUACGAUCAGACACCUAUUGGGGUUGUCAUGGGUCUUGCCUGGACAGCUAUGGGUGGUUCUACCCUUUAUAUAGAGACAACACUUGUCGAGGAAGGGGAUGGAAAAGGAGCCCUGAACCUCACUGGUCAAUUGGGGGAUGUGAUGAAAGAAAGUGCUCAGAUAGCUCAUACAGUUGCCAGAAGAAUACUACUGGAGAAGGAACCAGAAAAUCGUUUCUUUGCAAAUUCAAAGUUACAUCUCCAUGUUCCUGCAGGGGCUACACCAAAGGACGGACCUAGUGCUGGCUGCACGAUGACUACUUCAUUGUUGUCCCUUGCUAUGAAGAAGCCUGUAAAAAAGGAUCUGGCAAUGACCGGGGAAGUCACACUCACCGGAAAGAUUCUUCCCAUUGGCGGGGUUAAGGAGAAAACAAUAGCUGCGAGGAGAAGCGAAGUUAAGACCAUCGUAUUCCCUUCUGCCAACAGGAGAGACUUUGACGAGCUGGCACCAAAUGUUAAAGAAGGUCUUGAUGUUCAUUUUGUUGAUGACUUCAUGCAGAUCUUUGAUUUGGCUUUUGAUGAUGACAAUUCCCAGCAUUCGGAGAAGUCAGUCUCACUAUAAUGCUCUGUAGGAUCAUCCUUUAUUUGAAACUCAAUUCUUUGACGUGCUGGUAACCAGCCUGAAUUUUGUACUAUAUUUUUGUAUUUAAUUUAAUGCCAGUGUUUCUUGGACGUUUAAAUUCAUCUGCUGGGCACAGGAGAAGUAUCAUUUUCUCUUUCAGAUUUUGUAACCGAGUGUAAUAAUAUGUACAUUUAUAUUUUAUAGUUGAGACUUGAGAUGUUCGGUAUCAAA